UCAAUUCAAUUUGUAUUUUAUUUGUUUGAUCAUCACUAAAUUCUUGAUUAUUUUUUCAUAAAAAUAAUUUUGAAACAACAAAAAAAAUGAAUAAAAAACCAGCACCAGCUUUAAAUGAUACGGUUGCUUUGUCCAAAAUGUUGCAAAGUGAAUGGGAACGUUCGAAUCACAAUAUGGAAAAGAUUGAAAGCUAUUUAUCCAAAUUGAAAUUGUAUCUAACUAAACUUCAAUUCUUGCCAAUCGAAUUGGGUGAGCAGAUUUCCAAACAAGAAUUGGUUGUUGCUCGAGAUAUACUCGAAAUUGGUGCAUUUUUUUCCAUUGAAACAAAAAAUAUACCCGCGUUUGAACGUUAUAUGGCUCAGCUUAAAUGCUAUUAUUUUGAUUACAGCACGGAUUUGACUGAAUCAACAUUUAAAUAUCAAUUACUUGGCCUAAAUUUGCUUUGUCUUCUUUCUCAGAAUCGUGUAUCUGAAUUUCAUACUGAAUUGGAACUAUUACCAAUGAAAGAGAUUCAAAACAAUGUCUAUAUUCGUCAUCCGGUUUCAUUGGAACAAUACCUAAUGGAAGGAAGUUAUAAUAAGAUUUUUCUAUCCAAAGGAAAUGUACCAUCCAAGUAUUAUACAUUUUUCAUUGACAUACUAUUGGACACUAUUCGUGAAGAUAUUGCCGGUUGUAUUGAAAUGGCAUAUGAUCGAAUAAGCGAAUCAGAAGCAUUGCGUUUGUUGUUUUUUGAUGCUAAAGACAAAGCAGGAUUAGUACAAUAUGCUCAACGUCGUCGAUGGACAUUGAAUCAGAAACGUGAAUAUACAUUUGGUCAUGGUAAAAAUCGUAACGAUGGUGCUGUUGCCAAGAUUCCGGCCCAGAAAAUUGCCGUACAAAUGUUGGAAUAUGCACGUGAAUUAGAAAUGAUUGUAUAACUUUUAUAUCAUAAAUGCUUAAUUUGAAUUUUUAAAAAUGGAUGAAAUACAAAUUCUUUAUUGAUUGAUAAAUUGUAAUUAAAAAAAAUACAAAC